CUGGUCCAAAAAAUUUAUACGGAAUAAUUAGUUACAACGCCUCAUUUGCCUCUCUCUUUCCCCUCUCUCUCCCUUUCCCUCUCUUUUCCUCUCUUCGUUUGUUGCAAAAUUCUAACUCAGAAAAGGGCGGUUACGUGCUCGAAGCACCAUCUGUACUUUCCAUCUCCGUAGCAAAGAGAGUAACAAGACCGAGCAGAAGGAGAAGAAAGUAAUCUCGAAAUCCCUAAUUUUCCUGAUGAAACACCACUUCUUUUUAUGUUCCUUCUUCUCCUUUCUAGGGUUUCAUGUUAUUCAAGGUUUUAAUGUCUUAUAGAUGGAGAGCAUCUCUCUUUUAUCAUCCGGUGGUUCUUCAUCUGUGUCUUUCUAUAUAGCAGCGGUUAUUACUGCAUUUUUUUGCUUUUUUGCUUUGUGGGCGGUUAGAUUGUCGCCCUUAAGCAUUCUUUGGAGGUUAAAAUUGAAGAAAUCUGACGGAAGUUGCGGUACCCAGAGUUCGUCCAAGAAGAAAGUCUGUGGUUGUAGUUGUUCUUGUGGUGGGAGUGGUGAAGCUUCCAAUUCUACUUUUCCCUACUCUUUAUACGCCAACGGUUACGCCGGAGAUAUGCACGAGAGAGGUCCUGUUGUGACUGAGCGUGCCGAUGGGGCUGAGCGGCAGUCUGGGGCUUCAAUGAUGGAGCAGUUAGUGCCAGAGAUUACAACCCACGCUCUCAGUUACUUGGAUUAUCCUAGUCUAUGCCGUCUUUCCAUGACAAAUUCAUCCAUGAGGAGGGCUGCCAAUGAUGAUAAUGCUUGGAAAGCUCUUUAUCAUAAGGACUUCACGAUGGAACAAGACAGCAUCACUCCGCAUAAUGGGUGGAAGGCAUAUUAUGCAGCAACAAGAGCAGUUGUGAACGUCAAUGAAGAGUUCUAUAAGAUCAUCAAAGAAAGGAACCUUCCAGCGAUGAGUCGUCUUUGGCUUAAUGCUGAUUAUGUGAAGUGCAUUCAUAACUCUGGGGAGUUCUUCACAGGGUACGAUGCAGUUAUGGAGAGUUGGCAGCUUGCGUUCAAUUGGGCUGGGGUUUCCUUUCAGAUUCGGGAUGUGCGUGCUCGGGUGCUGACCGACAUGGCUUGGGUUAUGAUGAAGGCCUAUGUGGACAUGGAAACUGAACCAUUUAAUGUCACCAAUGUGUAUGAGUUCCACAAUGGGCAGUGGUACAUGGUUCACCAUCACGGUUCUGUAAUGCUCAUUGGUGGAGGUGCGGAUCACCAAAAUUUGUUCGGGUAAAAGAAAGUAAAUGGAAGGAUAUAAUAAGUAAGAGAAAAAAAAAGAAAGGAAUAUAUAGUGCCCUUUGUUUGUAGGUCAUCUUUUGCUCUAAAUGUUCUCCCUUGGGUUCUUCAUAAUUUGAGUUUCUUCUGGAAAUUUCCUUUGUAUUUUCUCAGCCUUACUGUUUGCUUCUCAUGCUCUUUUGCUCUUUUGCUCAUUUCUACUUGGGUGACACACUCACUUUUUUUUUUUCCUUUUUUUUUUUUGUGGGUGAUCCCUUGGACUGUGAGCCACUUUGAUGAUGAUAUGGCCCUUUUGUUAUUGUGGGUUCUGUGAGAUAGGGACCGUUUGGCAUGGUCAUUACUCAAAUUUAUCUGCCUGUCCAACUCUA